AUCAUACGCAAGGCCAAACGCCUCAUGAGCUGCGCCAGCCAGGACGCGACCGAGAUCAACCUGCUGAUCGCCACGGGCCUGCUGUCCUCCACCAUCAUCACGACGGGCGCCGCCGUCUUCUCGCGCUACGAGGGCUGGUCCUACUUCGACUCGUUCUACUACUGCUUCGUCACGCUCACUACCAUCGGCUUUGGCGACUACGUCGCCCUGCAGAACGACCAGGCGCUCAUCAACAACCCGGGGUACGUCGCGCUGAGCCUGGUCUUCAUCCUGUUCGGGCUGGCCGUGGUGGCUGCCAGCAUAAACUUGCUCGUGCUGCGCUUCAUGGUCAUCAACGCGGAGGACGUGCGGCGCGACGAGGAGGAGCUGACGAGCUCCUCGCACCACGUCAUGACCCUGGACGGCGACAUCAUGGCGCUCAACGGCAAGCUGCUGUCGACCCGCGGCGGCAUGCCCGUGGCGGCCGGGCACUGCCGCGCGCACCAGGAGGUGCAGGACCAGGUGUCGGUGUGCUCGUGCAACUGCCUGGGCCACCUGCCGUCGCGGCACUGCGCGCAGCACUCCAGCAUCCCCAUGCACUACCUGGGCCCGCACCGGCUGCACGUGGACCCGCGCACCGACCCCGGGCUCAGCACCGACUCCGCCACCGGGCUCACCUUCAGGGGAGAGUACUCGCCGCUCGUCGAGAUCCGGGAGGGCCGCUCGGGCUCGGGGACGGGCCAGUCCUCCCGCAAGCGCUCCAUGUGAAGCACCCCCGGCCGGCUCGCCCGAAGGAGCUCGUCCUUCCUCGCCUCAGACUUUUGAAGAGAGCCGGCCCCGCGGCACCCAAUGCAGUCAUCUGUCGUCGACUUACAGUCGUCUUGUGAGUUGGAAAUACACCCUUGGUAGUAUCAGGACGACUGGAUCAAUGACGUGGCUUUCCUGAAAUGUUGAUGGGUUUGUUAAAACUUUGGAUUUGUAGGAUAGGGUUCUUAUUGACGCUGGAUGUGUAAGAGGGCACUGAAUGAUGGGCACCGGCUCCCUGUUGCAGACUGAGUCUUGAUAUAUGUUUUUUGUACCUCAAUUAACUUAGGCGUGUAGCUAUCGGACAGGUGACCUCCAAACGCCCCAAAUAAAGUGAUACGCCUGGUGGGUGGGUAAUUUUUAGUGCAUUUAUGUUGUCUGUAAGAGGUCAAAAAGUGUGACAUCAUAUGACCUUUACAAAAAUAAAUAAAUUGCAUGGCUUCAUGCCAUUAUUAAACUUAAUAGCCCAAAGUGAAUUAAGAAUGUAUGGGUAUAAUUUGAUGAGCUCAAUUAUAGAGCCAAACAGUGGAGACUACCUAAACUUCAGCCACUUUAGUUCAGUAUCUUUUGGGCCAGAAACUAAAAGGUACAACCUGAAGCAUUGUAGCUAGAUGUUCCUCUUACUUGUAUACAACUUGUUUUAGUGUAUUAUUAUUAGUGAUUUUGUUUCAAUUUUUAUUCAAUGAUUCUUAAUCUGAAUCUUGAAUGAUUGCGCAGUCUGUGCCAAAACAAUUAGAUGUGGUGACAAGCACCUGAAAAGACCACUGUGUUCAAUUAUGGAAUAAAUUGCAAAAAAAGAAAAGACAAUUAAUUCAUAAAGGAACACAGUGUUACUUGCUUGUCAUUACAAAACCUUUUGUACUAAUGUGUAAGAAUGUAAGAAUGUAAAUGAGUUGUCAGUUUUACCUGUACAGUUAUUAUGUAUGAUAAUUUCAGUUCAUUUUUCAUUCCAUGGUUCUCUGAAUCUGGAGAAAAUGCCAACUUGUGCCAAAAUGAAUUAGCUGUGGUGGCGAAGAAGAUGGCAGGGAUUUAAUAUUGUGGACCUUGCUCCACUAAGUUGUGCUCUAGCUGUGGAUGAUUAUUUGAGUAACAUCAUUUUAACACAAUAUGAUGCCUUCUACUUGCUGCCACAUAGAUGUAGAACUUAGGUUUUGCAUAGGUGCAUAUUCAAACAAAGUUCUAAUAACUAUUUCUAGCAUUACACCUUUCAUGUGAGAAAAUGUAGAUGCAUUGCAGAUGCAUGCAAAUGAUUAUCCUUUCUUUCAAUUUGAUUUUGUUUUUCAGAAUAUGCAUUCUAAUCAAUAAAAUUUACAAAUAUAAAGAUAAAAAAUUUGAAAAGGCACAUCUUUUUCCUUUAUUGAGUUCAAACUAUCAUUGGCCGACUCGAAUGUUUCUCAUGUAAAUCCAAAUCACAUAGAUUGCCGAAGGGAAAAUUAAGUGUCACCCUGCCUUUUUCGUGUUAUCACAGCAACAAGUUUAGGAAGAAGUUAAACUUUUUGGAGUAGUUAAUGGUAACUAUAUUAUAUGUACAUACACUCUUAUUGUUGUGUAAUUAUGUAUAUCCUUGCUAAGGCUCUCUCAUUUUGAAAUAAGUUCAGCUCCAUGGAUAGGAAUGUGUAUGUUUUACCCUGGCCUAGUUAGAACCUGUAUACUGCCUGAGAUUAGAACUGGGCGUUUUGCAGAAAUCUGUCACCACAGUGACAUACAUUAAAUAUUUUACCUAAUGAUUGAAGAUGAAUGUCAAAGAAAAGUAAAUCUCAAAUAGCUAUUUCAAGAAUUGGAAAAAGAAAACAAAAAGUUUUUAAAAUUAAGGGGAUAAAAUCCAGGUUCCUUUGUUUUUUAAGGGAUAAAUAUUUUUAUACUUCAUUUAAUUGUGAUAAUUAUAAUUUGAGAGACUGAUGUUGUCAGCAUCCAUAUACUGUAAAUGACAGGACACUUUUAUGAAUGAUAGAAGAAAAACUCUGGAAGUUUCUGAUUUUGACUGGUACAAAUUUCUGUUUUGGACACAAGUGAAAACUCUUGGUAUUUGGACCAAUAUCCAGCCUAUAUAUAUUUAGGGUACCAUAUUCUUGUAUAUUAGUUUGAGUUUUGAAGUUGUAGGCUCUACCAUUAUGUAAGUAUUUUGGUAAAAAUAAAGCCUACUUU